GUCUGCCUAGAGUGAAGCUCAACUCUCAAUCUUUGUACAAACCAAUCCCAAUAGCAUUCGUGUUAAGUCAAGUUCAUUAUCUUUGACUAUUAUUGUACCGAGAUCACAUCUUCUACUUCUGCAUCAUCCAAUUUUCCCAAUACCCCUCCACCUGUUACCCCGCGCUUAUGAUCUGAAACCUUCAAGCUCACACCAUCGUGAAGCUCGCUCAGUAUGGCUUCUGGUCAGAUCAAUGCCACGCCGCAGGCGGUGAUGGGCCACGUUACAAAGCUCAGUGAUAAUGAUCCCGACUUCCGAUUCAUGGCCCUCAACGAUUUACUCCAACUUCUGAAUAUUGCCAAACCGGACUUUCUGCACCACGACUAUAAUAUCGCCGCACGCACUGUUGAUAGUCUCAUCAAGGUGUUGGACGACCAAAAUGGCGAGGUGCAAAACCUUGCAGUGAAGUGCCUGGGCCCAUUCGUGGGCAAGAUUCCGACGCCCGUUAUCGCUCCCUUGAUCGAGAAGCUCUCGUCCCUGAAGCUUAAGAACUCUGUGGACAAUGCUGUCCCUUCACUUGCACUGCGAAACGUCAUCAUCGCUCUCCCUCGACCUGUCCCAGGCAUUCCACCAGCAUCCGAUGUGCAGGAAGCAUACAGUGCCAUCAGCCGCGUGUUGAUCCCUCGACUUAUUGGGCCGGGCCCUAAAACCCAGGUCCCAAAGAACCCCAGGGUUCCUCUUCCUCCUGUCCCCGAAGGACUUCUACAAAACGAAGGCGACCUCAACGCAGAAGCUGUCGACGUAUUGAUUGAGGUUGUUCGAUGCUUUGGACCUAUGCUUGUCCAAGUUGAAGUUGAGGCUAUGCAAGAGGUUGUUAUUCAGCUACUUGAAAGCGAGAAAGGCACAUCCGUUGUCAAAAAAAGGGCUGUCGUGGCUAUAUCUAUGCUCGCUGUCUACCUGUCUGACGAGCACUUAGAAGAAGUAGUCAGGCGAAUUACCCUUGGUCUAACGAAGCAAAUCAGUCCUGUCACCAGAAGAUUAUACAUCUCCAUCCUCGGUAGCAUGGCCCGGUCGAUUCCUUCACGAUUUGGACCCCAUCUUGCCGGUACUGCACCCUUGAUUAUCAAGGCACUUAGCGAAGAAGAACUUCAAGAACAUCUCGAUGCUCUUAGCGACGGAGAUGAUCUUGGGCAAGAUUUCAACGAAGUUCGAGAAGCUGCUCUGGUAGCCCUAGAUGCCUUCCUGGCCUCAUGCCCUCAAGAGAUGCGCCCGUUCACAGAUGAAACCAUAGAAGCGUGCCUGCGAUACCUCAAAUAUGACCCCAACUACAAUGUGGAUGACGAGGACGAGGAUAUGGAGGAUGAAGAGGAAGACGAAGAAAUGGACGAGGACGAUGAAUUCGAUGCCGAUGAUGGAUUUGAGGAUGAUGACGACGACGCCAGCUGGAAGGUUCGACGAUGCGCUGCAAAGACCAUCUACACAGUUAUCUCAACACGUGGUAGUGGUGACCUGCUUGAGAACGGUGUUCUCUACAACCAGACGGCACCUCAUCUUAUUAAACGCAUUUCUGAGCGAGAGGAGAAUGUUCGCCUUGAGAUCAUUUCAGCACUUUCGCUUUUGGUUCGCAAGACUGGUGAAGGACUCCCCACAACAGACCUCUCCCUAGACGACCUUGAGCCAGAAUCCGAGACCCGCAUCCCCAUCAGCCGAAAACGAAGACGUCAGAGCAGUGGCGGAGGCGGUUCUGCGUCCCAAUUCAUGUCAGGAUCUGGAUUGGUUUCACCAGUUCUGGAGAAGAUCCCUCCUAGUGGCCCACGAGCUGACUUGGCUCGCCUUACACCAUCUAUUGUUAAGGCCAUCACUAAGCAACUCAAGGGCAAGACUAUUCCUACCAAGCAGGCAGUCAUCAAGCUUCUCGAUGACAUAGUGUCAGUUCAACACGGUGGAUUGGCUGAGUACUUUGAUCAAGUCAUUGGACCUAUAAUAGAGGCUAUCCAGCCCACUGGUUCUGUAUCAGUCUCAACUCAUGUGGCAUCACAUUCCGGCUCCUCUUCAGCGACUCCAAGCACGUUGAGAAUCACUGCUCUUAGCGUGAUAAGUGACAUCGCCAAGACUCAUUCAUCAACUAUUCUACAGCCUUAUCUUACGAAGAUUGUCGAUGGUGUCGCAUCUGCGGCCAAUAACCGUUUCUAUAAGAUUUCGAGUGAGGCUAUUCGCACCGUCGAGGAGUUGGUCAAGACGAUUACCCCACCACGGUCACGCAAUGCUGCCUCCAAGUACAAGGCUGAGCUGGAAAAGCUUUAUACGGUCAUUAUUGACAGAUCUUCUGCUCAGGAUGCCGAUGCCGAGGUUCGCCAACGUGCCAUUCACGCAUUGGGAGUCCUUAUUUCGCGAACUUCAACCUCCGAGGGAUCUUCCCUUCUCUCCGAGGACAAGGUCAAGGCUGCUCUGGACGUCCUCCAAGAGAGACUGAAGAAUGAGACUACUCGCCUUGCUGCUGUCCGCGCUGUCGAGAAUGUUGCCCGUUAUGCCCGGACCCCUGAGCAACUGGAUAAAGCAUGGGUUCAAGAUGUUGCGUUGGAGCUAUCCGCGCAGCUACGAAAAGCAAACCGGUCGCUCCGUGGCUCCAGCAUCAUUGCUCUUCGUAACCUUGUCUUGUCGCCCGCUACGAAGGGUCAACUCGAGCCCGACACUAUUCAGGGAAUUGUCACCGAUUUAAUGCCCAUCAUAGUUAACAGCGACGCGCAUCUUCUUGGACCGACAUUAAUUAUCCUUGCAAACUUGGUGCCUGAGCACCCGGAGCUGGUGGUUACUGAUGAGAUGAUCGCUGCUAUCUCGCAGCUGCUCAAGGAACACCAUGCCGGAAUCGUUCUUGACCAACUUCUUGUGCUAGUCAGCAAUAUUGGAGAGAAUGGGGCCGGCCAAGGACUCAUGCAGGGGCUUCUCAAAAACGUCAGCGUUGCAGGCGACCCUCCCGUUGUUGGUAAAGUUAUCGGAACUCUGCUCGUCACCGGAGGAGAUUCAGUUGGUGUCAAGCUUGAUAGCUUUGUCACGGAGCUCUAUACCAGUGCUAAAACGAACGAUGAAGCUCGAGUCAGUCUUGCCCUGGCUGUUUUAGGUGAAACUGGAAAGAGACUUGGAACAAGUUCAACCCUGAAGCCUGACCUCUUCUUGGAUCAAUUCCACCAGGAGCCAGACAAGGUUUCCCUCUCGGCCGCUGUUGCUCUGGGCCAGGCAGGUUCCGGCAAUGUUCCCGAAUUCCUGCCUGUCAUCCUGAAGACCAUGCAGAAAGGUGGAAACACCCAGUACCUCCUUAUCCAGUCCAUCAAAGAAAUCCUCCAAUCAAUCUCUGCACAGUCUACUGAUCUGCGCAAUUAUGCCCCGGCUAUCUGGGACGAGCUUCUCAAGGCUUCCGACAAUGCUGACAACAAGGUGGUUUGUGCUGAAUGUGUUGGACGACUUGUUACACUCGACCCUGCCGUUUUUAUUCCCCGCCUUCAGGUAUGCACGCCAACGCUCUUCCGUUUUGAAUGUUCUAACUCUUCAUAGGCUCUCCUGAAGGACCAGUCUCUGGGUAUUCGAGGCAUGGCUGUUCAGGCUGUCCGCUAUACUCUCCCCGAAAGUGACGAGGUUUUGGAUGUGAUGCUACGAGACGUCCUCAUCCAGAUGCUUUUGACAAUGCUCCAAGACUCCGACAUGGAUAUCCGCCGACUGGCAAUGACUACACUCACUACAGCUGCCCGAUCGAAGCCCGACCUAAUCCACCCCCAUCUAGGAGAACUGAUGCCAUUUGUUCUGCAAGAAUCAGUUAUCAAGAAGGAACUCAUAAAGGAAGUCAUGAUGGGACCUUUCAAGCACACCGUGGACGACGGUCUUGAGGUCCGAAAG